AUGAAUCGAAUUGCUCGAAAUCACCGUGUGCCAACGCUUCUCAGAACCCAAGCCUACAUCUCGAAACAAACCGUUGGCCCAAACCUGUCACGAAUCUCCAGGCUCUGGACACCGGGCCGCACCCGUUGCUUGGCUACCGUUACAACCAAUGUCUCUUUGCCGCAACUCACGGCUCCGGACCUGAUUUACGCCCGGAGACCUGACCAUGUCGACGAGAUACAUCACCAGCUGCAGCACCACGGCAUCCUCAAAAUAAGUCUCCAGUUCACGGACACAUCGAGCACAUACCUCCAACACCUCCUCCGCAGCCUCCAUGACCAUCAUGGACACCAGCUGCCCAUAUCCCACAGCGCCAAGCGUGGCUGGUUCUGGGACGUCCGGCCGAACGAGACGACCUUCCAGGCAGGCAACCACCAGGCCCGUUCCGAGACCAUGAACGAAUUCCCCUGGCACACCGACUGCAGCUACGAGGACCCCCCGCCAAGGUACUUCGCGCUCCAGGUCCUCCAGCACGACCGCUACGGCGGGGGCACCCUGUCCAUCAUGAACGUCGACAGGCUAAGCGCCCUCCUCUCGCCAGCCACGCGGGCCGCGCUAGUCAGGCCAGAGUACCGGAUCAGCAUCCCCCCCGAGUUCAUCAAGGACCCAGCCCAGAGGCAUAUCCUGGGAAGCGUCCUGCUGGGCGCUAAUGCCGGUGGUGGUGGUGGAGCAGGUGGUGGCCGGGAGAGUACGAGGCCCGCUGUUAUGCGGUUCAGGGAGGACAUCCUGACGCCAUUGAGCAGCGAGGCGUCUGCAGCGCUGGGCGAGCUGAAGGGCGCGCUGCGGAGUGCCGAGAUCCAGGCCCAGUCGACGCUGCACCUCGUUGCUGAGGAGCUGCCCAAGGGGAGCAUCAUUCUCGUGGAUAACCGCCGGUGGCUGCAUGCGAGGAACCACAUCAAUGACCCCGAGCGUCAUCUGCGCCGUGUCCGCUGGGACGCUGUCCCAUUUUCCAGCUCUUGCUGA